UUGAGGGGAGGGGGGCGGUUUUGCACUCUGGAAUCUGAACAUAGCUCGCCGAGUCCAGCGUCUUCCCGUCCGCAGCUCCCAGGUUUCGUCCAUUUCUGACCGCCCAGGACCUCACCGCUAGCUAAGUGACUGCUGGCCUCUGAACAAGAGCCGGGAAAACACAGAUCCGGGUUCCUACCUCGACCCCUCUCCAGCCUAGGAGUGGAGGUCCUAACCAGAAGGGCCAGUCUCUCUAAAUAUGCCCCAGGAUGACGGAGCGGCCGCCGAGCGAGGCGGCCCGCAGUGACCCGCAGCUAGAGGGACAGGACGCGGCCGAGGCCCGCAUGGCCCCCCCGCACCUAGUCCUGCUCAACGGCGUCGCCAAGGAGACGAGCCGCGCAGCCCCUGCGGAGCCCCCAGUCAUCGAGCUAGGCGCGCGUAGCGGCGCGGGGGGCGGCCCCGCCAGUGGGGGCGGUGCCGUAAGGGAUUUAAAGAGCCGCGACGCGGUGGCAGCAGAAGCUCGCCAUCGAGUGCCCACCACCGAGCUGUGCAGACCUCCCGGACCCGCCCCAGCUCCCGCUCCCGCCUCGGCUCCCCCAGAACUGCCUGCAGACGGCCGCAUGGUGCAGCUGAGCCCACCCGCGCUGGCAGCCCCCGGUGGCCCUGGCCGAGCGCUGCUCUACAGCCUCAGCCAGCCACUGGCCUCUCUAGGCAGUGGGUUCUUCGGGGAGCCAGAUGCCUUCCCCAUGUUUACCAACAACAACCGGGUGAAGAGGAGGCCCUCCCCAUAUGAGAUGGAGAUUACUGAUGGUCCUCACACCAAAGUGGUGCGGCGAAUCUUCACCAACAGCCGAGAGCGAUGGCGGCAGCAGAAUGUGAAUGGGGCAUUUGCUGAGCUUCGAAAGCUGAUCCCCACCCACCCACCAGACAAGAAGCUAAGCAAGAAUGAGAUCCUUCGCCUCGCCAUGAAGUACAUAAAUUUCCUGGCCAAGUUGCUCAAUGACCAGGAGGAGGAAGGCACCCAGCGUGCCAAGCCUGGCAAGGACCCUGUGGUGGGAGCUGGUGGGGGUGGGGCAGGAGGUGGCAUGCCCCCUGAAGACCUUCUACAGGACGUGCUUUCCCCCAACUCCAGCUGUGGUAGCUCUCUGGAUGGAGCAGCCAGUCCGGACAGUUACACAGAGGAGCCAACGCCCAAGCACACUGCCCGCAGCCUCCACCCUGCCCUGCUGCCUGCCACUGAUGGGGCUGGCCCCCGGUGAUGCGUUUGGGGCUGCCCAGGGCCAGCAGGUAGGGGCCCAUAGGCCCCUGGGUUGCUGGGCUUCGGGGCAGGUAGGAAGAGAAGCAGGGCAAUGGAUUUGAUGAGCUUCCCUUAUAGUCUGAACUUUGGGAAGUCCCAAGGAACCCUGGGCUGGUGUUUCUGUUUCCUACCUGGAAACAGAAAAGGAAAAUGGAGUGAAGUAGUAGGUACUUUAUCUGAAGAUGGCACAGUCUUCUUCCUUUCCCAACUCCCAAGACUUCUCAGUUAGUGGCUCAAGUGUCACCAUUUUUGGUCUAGAGUUUGUGAGCCUUGUUUUGGACAAGAUCUGGGGUUGUCACCCAUUACCUGAGGCAUCCAGCAGCCUCUGCCUUGCCUUUAGCCCAUCCCGAGCUGGCUGGGGUGGCUUUUGUGGCAGCUUCUGUUCAAAUAUAUAGGUACCCAAGAGCUGCCCAUUUCUUGAGUCCCAUCUUCACCCAGGUCCGAGUUGAUCCAUCUAGCUUGCCAGCUACUCCAGAGAGUCAAGCCUCGAGGUGCCUUCUUCAGGGCUUGGUUGGAAAAGAUGGCCAGUGAACAGACAGUCUGCUCUCAACUAGCUGGGCCAGAAAACCCAACAGCCCUUCUUGCUCCGGGGAAUCGGAGCUCUGCUUUCUCCCCACUGAGACUUGCCUUCCUAUCCUGCAGCUGUGAGGACUGAGUCAGCAGCUUGGAGCAUGCUCUGUUGGGCUAUGUGCAGGCUCAGAAAGAGAAAGUGACAUUAGAGUGAAACAAAGCAAGAGUGUUUGGGGCAUUGGAUUUCACCUCCUACACAUCACUGUCCAUGCAGGGGAGCAAAUGAUAGUGGUUGAUGCAUUGCAUGUUGGUGCUGGAGUAAUGCAGCCCAUAGGCUUUCCCCGGGGAAGCUUCCUGUUGCAAGAUGUCUGUUGGCUGAUGGUCUGUACUUCCAAAUGGAGUACAGACUGUCCUGUAAAUACUCUAUUUGGGAUUCUGCCUAACCAGUUGUUGGUGGAAACUCUGGGCCAUGAUACAACCCAAGAUGCAAUCUGCUGCUAGGGCAAGGGGUCCAGUCAGAGGUGAGACCCUGGCUUGAGAUAUAAGCAUGCAGAUUUGCUCAGCCCAACUUUAAGUAUGCUCCUGUCACACAACUGCAGGCCCCAUGUUUGCUCAUGGUAGGUUGGUUUAAUGCAACGUGAGUGCCCCCUCUAAAAGCUGUACAUGAAAUUUUUGUAAAGCAAAUCCUUCUCCUUUACCCCUGCAAGUCAUUUUGUAAAGUGGAGAAUCCUUUUGUAGUAUGGACAACUGCUCCAUUGUUUCUUUCCUGUGUUAAUCCUGGUGGUGGGACCGAGUUUUCUUAAAGAAAGGUCUGCAUAUAAUGAAGUUCAAGCCCAUGGAACAAACUGCACAGAAGUCCUGUGUAUCUGUCAUUGUAUCAGAGUCACCUAGAGUGCUCUCUCUCUCUCUCUCUCUCUUUCUUUCUCUCUCUCUGUCUCUCUCUCUGUCUUUCCCUCUCCCCUGUCUCCCUAGGUUUUGCCUUUGAGCCAAAGACUCCACCAUGUGACAUAAGAGCCCAUCACUUUUCUGUUUGUGUUUCAGUACCAUGAUGGGGCCAGCCUGAGUAUACAUAGACUUAUGCAGACAAAGAUGGAUCCUGCUCCCCUCCCCUUCCUAUUAAGCACUGAGGUCCCCAACCAUAGGGACAAUAUGGUCAGCUACUAAGGCACUGGGAUUCUUUGUCUUGUAUCACACUGUGUGUCACAUAUAUUGCCGUGAACAUUAAGGUUGGCUUCUUCCCAUUGCUUGGGAGUUAGUACAAGGAGUCUGACCCAUGUGAAAAUGGAACAAUUGUCCUGAGCUCCAAGGCUGCUUUUUAUUCUCAGUGGAACGAUGGCUUGGGAAUGAAGAAAUGUUGAUCUGCAGGUGGAUUUUCUGAGAGAGACCACUCGUUUGUUGGGAGCUUACAUUACAGUUCCUAUUCUCAGCUUUGCAGUGUCGCUGGGAUGGAUACACUAGGCAAUGGGGAGGACUUGUUAAUGAGUCUGUAAAGAAUUCUGUUGUACACUAAGGAUGAAGUGCAGUGGAGAUCAGCACACAGGAGGUUCUGCAUUCAAUACCCAGCACAGACACAAAGGCUUCAUUAUCUUUAGUGAUGACCCUGCAGUGAGGUUCCAGCCAAAGUUCAGAUCCUGGACAGUUGCUAUUUGUAUAACUUAGGUUCCCUUGAGCUAUCCAGAUCCUCAUUGCUCUAGAUUUAUCUUAGUUUCUCCCUGAUUCCAAGGCAAUAGACAGGAGUGAGAAAGAGAGAGAGAUUGGGGAUUGCCUCCAGACUGCUGUACUUCUGAAGGGCCAGAAGGGAAGGGCUAGGGUUUUGGUCUUUGUAAGAGCUAUGGGAGACCCCAAAUUCUGUUUCCAUCUUCAACACCCCAUAUCGUUCUUCCUUUGCCUCCUUCCCACCCUUGAAGAAAUGGCAACAGUAUCUGCACAAAAGGGGAAAAUGUAAGUGUGAAAAAGCAUCUGAAGAAAACAAUGCACAUAAGAAUUAGAAAGAAUCCUAUGUUUCAAGAAUAAUUUAUGCUUAUUUGUGGUGGCAAGUGACAAGAUGGUACAACCUUUAUCCUUUUCCAGAAACAAAAACAAAGGGCACAGCAACUGUAGUGAGCUGACAGCUAUUUUGGCCUUUUGGGUGGGUCUAGCCAUGUUUGGGAUCCCAGUGGUACACGACCCUCCGCAGAAGGCUUGCCCCAGCUUGUGUACAUAGCACGCCAUGUCUGUGGGCAGGCCCAGCACUUUCCGUCAGUGUCGUACUGUAUGUGAUGAACUAUGUUGGUCUCUGCAUUUUUCUGCAGAAGAGGAGUAACUGCUCCGGGUACCUUGAUGUUUGUACAGCCUAGAGGCCAACACUGUGGGCGUGUGACUCUUUAUUGGGGGAGGGGGGGUAAAACAAAAAAUACCAGUGUGGUGAUGAUGGUGUGUGUGUGUAUAUAUACAUAUAUAUAAGGUUAUAUGGGGGAGUAUUUCUAAAUAAAAGUUUUACAAAGGG